AUGUUUCGCGGAUUAAGCACCAUGCGUUGCGCAGCAACCACUUCCCUACUGAGUAGAGGUUGGCUUCAGACACUUACGCAUACCACUAAGCCUAGCACAGGAUACGCAGUCGCACGUGUCUUGAUCGCACCGCUGAGCAUAUCCUCCAGUAAUGCUAAGGGUGUCGAAGAAGUAACAGUCAGAAACCCCGUCAUCGAAGACUACCCUGUUGUGCAAACUCUGGACGUGCAAUGGGGCGAGAUGGAUGCUUUUCAGCAUGUGAACAACGUGACGUACUUCAGAUAUUUUGAGACGGCACGGAUGGAGUAUUUCGAGCGCAUCCAAUACUUGCAGCACAUGGACAAGGGCAAAGGCGGACCUAUUCUGGGAGAAACUACGUGCAAGUAUGUGCUGUGUCCCGCGCUAUUGUUUGUUCGUCCUUGCAGCUCUCCUUCGCACUCCAUAUGA